AUGAAGCUAUCACUGCUCUCAACUUCCGUCCUGCUCCUCGCGUCGACAGCUCCAUUCGGCUCCGCGUGGGGGACUUUGGGACAUGAUACGAUAGCAUAUGUAGCUACGAACUUCGUCUCUUCCGCAACCAAGACCCACUUCCAGACUCUGCUCGGCGACACCAGCGCCAACUACCUCGCCUCGGUGGCAACAUGGGCAGACUCAUACCGCUAUACCACAGAGGGCAUGUUCUCGGCACCGUAUCACUACAUUGACGCGAUGGAUGACCCGCCCGCGUCCUGUGACUUGAGCUACGCGCGGGAUUGUGGAGCGGAGGGCUGUAUCGUCUCUGCGAUCACGAAUUAUACGGCGAGAGUGCGAAAGACUACGUUGAGCUCUGCGGAUAGGAUUAUUGCUGCCAAGUUCGUCGGCGACAUCCACCAACCACUCCAUGACGAGAAUCUAGAAGCAGGCGGCAACGGUAUCGACGUAAUAUUUGACAGCGAUGCCACGAACCUCCACUCAGUUUGGGAUACCGCCAUCGCCGAAAAGCUUGUCGGCGGCUACGCCCUCACAGAUGCCCAAUCCUGGGCCACAAACCUCACGACGGCCAUCCGCACCGGCACCUACGCCCCCUCCGCCAAGUCCUGGCUCACAGGCAUGAAACUGUCCAGCCCGCAAGAGACGGCCCUGCUCUGGGCGCGCGAAGCCAACGCGCUCGUGUGCGUGGACGUCAUGCCCGACGGCGCGGCUGCGCUCGAGGGCAGCGCCGACCUGGGUAGCGCGUACUACGCUGGCGUCGUCGACACGGUCGAGGAGCAGGUUGCGAAGGCCGGGUAUAGGCUUGCGGGAUGGCUGAAUAUGAUUGCGACGGGGAAGGUGGGGUUGUAG